AUGGGCGCCCCAACUUUAGAAGAGCUCGAUAAAAUUGCCGCACCAAUCUUGUCAGCGGACAAGUCUCUCCAUCUUGGACCAUUUAUUAUUGCAAUGGGCCUUGACGCGGUACUUGCAGGGGUCCUAUUCAUGCAAUGCAGUGAAUACAAAGCUCUAGCAAUGAAGGAUCCGAGGUGGAUCAGGUUGAUGGUACUCUAUGUCCUCCUCAUGAACGUAGCCAUCACAAUGUACACUUGGGCAUGGAUAUAUGACCUCUUCGUUUUUAAUUUCGGGACCUAUGGGCUGUUCCUGUCCGUCAAAUACGCAAGUCUUUCCUGGUUUUACGUCCUGGAUUCGGCCACUGUGAUUGUCGUACAGGGCUUCUUCGCAAUCAGGGCGUGGCGAUUGGUAAACAAGAACUACCUAGUACUCCUGGUCAUUGGAGCGUUCGCUCUUACCGCAUUUGGAGGCGGAAUUGCCGUGAAAGUGAUGUUUACUGGGUUCGGAUCAACCUUGCGUGCUGGAGACGUCAAGAUACCGGCAUACAUUUGGCUCUUCUGUACUGUGAUUGCCGACCUGACCAUCACAGUCAUUAUUCUUUAUUUUAUCACCCGGAGCCGGACGGGGUGGUCAGGUACCGAUAACAUUCUUUCCAAACUCACUCGGAUGACAUUCGAAUCACAACUUCCUCCCACUCUGAUCGCCAUUGGUCUGGCGGUGGAGUACACAAUUAAGUAUGACAGCUUCGUUGCCAUCCCUUUUAUCUGUGUACAGGCCAAAUUUUACGCAAUCAGCUUGAACCCUAGACUAAACCACAACGAUCUUAGUCGCGUAAAUUUGAAGCGAGGGAAUACAAGCAGCGGCGAAAACAGUAGUGCUCAGAAUGGCUCCAGAGCCGGCAAGUCAAACCAAAAGAACACCAACCCAUAUUAUCUCAACUCUUCAAGGAAAGGGGACACCGCUAUUCAGGUCGAGACGACGUUCGAUGUAGUCCAGGAUGUUAACCGAUCGGAUGUCCAAGUCCCCUCGGCUCUACAAACUAACCAGGUCAGGCGAAAUAGUGAAGAUGGACUAUCCCUGGACUCGUCGAGCUAUAAAAUUCCCCAAGAUGAAGAAGCCAAGCCUGGAGAGUAUAAGCUACGGGAUCUUGGAGCCGGAAGAGAAGAUCGUACAAACUCGACCGUGGCAUGGGGCGAACGGACUGUUUAA